AUGGAGUCAAAAAAUAGCGACAUUGUUGAUUGGCAGGGCCCCAAUGACCCGGAAAACCCCCGGAACUGGAAAAAGGGACUCAAGCUGCGACAUGUCCUCCUUGUCAGCGGCUUCACUCUAUACUCAAACCUUGCCGCGGUGAUGUUCGCUCCCGGGGCUGCAAAGCUCGUCGAGGACUUCCACGUCACCAGCACCAUUGUCGCCUCAUUCACUGUAUCCAUAUAUCUUCUGGGUUACGUGUUUGGUCCUUUUCUGAUUUCCUUCAUGUCUGAAAUCUACGGCCGUUUGAUCAUCUACCAUCUCAGUAAUGUUUGCUAUCUCGCAUUUACAAUUGGCUGCGCACUAAGCAAAGAUACGGCCAUGUUUAUGGUAUUCCGCUUCAUAUGUGGCUGUGCCGCCUCUGCUCCAAUGGUGGUUGGGGGAGGGACCAUCGCGGAUCUUUAUCAAGCUAGCGAGCGUGGUAAAGCGAUGGCUUUAUUUGGUCUUGGUCCGCUUCUCGGCCCGGUCAUUGGCCCAGUGAUAGGCGGAUUCGUUACUGAGUACCUUGGAUGGCGGUGGACAUUUUGGUUAAUCUUAAUCCUGGCGGGAUUAAUCUCCUUGCUUGCCCUUGUCCUAAUGCGGGAAACCUUCGAGCCCGCUAUCCUCGAGCGCAAGGCAGCUGCUAUGCGCAAGUCCACCGGCAACAGUCAGCUACGAGCUCGAACCUACAACAAAGACCGUACACCAGCCCAGAUCCUGGCACGCGCUACUGUGCGACCCCUCAAGAUGCUACUAUCACCUAUCAUCCUCCCGCUCUCUCUCUAUUGCGCCUUCAUGUUCGGUCUCAUCUACCUUCUUUUCACUACUUUCCCUGCCGUGUUCGAAGAAACAUACCACUUCGCCACCGACAUCUCUGGUCUUGCAUAUCUCGGUCUCGGCGUGGGUAUGAUAAUCAGCAUUGGACUGUUCGCCGUGCUCAGCGACAAGCUACUCAAGCAGCCGCGCGAGGGAACUCUCGAGCGGCCGGAGCUACGCCUCAUCCUCAUGAUUUGGUCAUCGCCCAUUGUCCCCAUUGGCUUCUUCUGGUACGGAUGGAGUGCCGAAAAGGUUACUCAUUGGAUUGUCCCAAUCCUAGGUACCAUGUUCAUUGGCCUCGGUGCCUUUCUGAUCCUUAUGCCCGCCCAGCUCUACCUUGUUGAUGCAUUCGGAUCUGAGGCAGCCGCAUCCGCCCUUGCUGCGAACACCGUUUUGCGCAGCCUGUUCGGUGCGUUGUUGCCACUUGCAGGACCUCCCAUGUACGAGACUCUGGGCCUUGGUUGGGGAAAUAGCCUCCUGGCUUUCAUCGGGUUAGCGUUCGCUCCUCUUCCGUUGCUUUUUUAUAAAUACGGCGAGACCUUGAGAACCAGAUUUCCUAUUACCAUCUAA